AUGGAAUUGAAUCUUGAUAGCAGGUCGUCAAUUGAAGUUUCCAGUCUUUGUUUCAAGGAUGCACUCCAUUUGGCUGUUGUUGCUCACAUCAAGAAUUAUUUUGAGCAUGGAUGGACGUGUUUUAAAAAUAUGGAAUGAACACAAUGGACAACCUUUUACAAGUACGUAUUGAACCUGGUUCUGACC